UAAAAAAUGACAGAAACGGCAUCGUUCAGGUCCGCGCAUGGAAAAAGCGUACAAGUACAACGUUUGAACCGAGUUCGGUCGGCACUGCUGAACCAGAACCUAGCCGUUUGGGGAGAGACGAAGGAAGCUGAUCCUAUAUUUGGAGAAAACAAUCUCUAUUCGUCCAUCAAUGGCGAGAACCAAGAAAUCGGCCCACAAGAAACGAAAACCACAAUCUGCAGCCGGAGUUCCCUCACCUGCGUCAACUGGACCGAGCUCGAGACCUAGACCAAGGGUCAGUGCAACUGAAAGGGAUUCUUCACAAACCCCUGGAAGACAGAGAAAGCGUCAUCGUUAUAGGCCAGGAACAGUAGCUCUUCGAGAAAUUCGGCACUACCAGAAGACUUGGAAGCCACUCAUUCCAGCUGCAAGCUUCAUUCGACUGGGAUUAUCUGAAUAG